AUGAUUUCUCAAUCAAGGUACAAAGGGUUCGAUGAAGCAAGCGAAGACAUUGGUGAAGAGAAAGAUCGGGCUUUGGAGCUGGCCCGCGGGCGUUCGGUUGCUGCUGGCGUGCGGCGCUUCCGUUUCGCUUUCACUUGUGCUCUGAUAGGACAGGGCAGCCUAUCACCACCUUUGCUCCUUGUGAUUGCCCACACGUUCCUCUCCGGCCCCGUGGCGGUUCCGACCCUUCAGGUGGCCUUUGUGUAUGUCGGGCAGGACAGGCAACGACCAGAGCAUUGCGGAUCACGACUUUGCCUGGACAGAGGCGCGCUGCGCGAAGAGCAAGGGCAAGAGCAAGACUUCAUCUUGGAUCAUUUGGAGUUGUUCCGCAUCAAACAGACGCUGAACCUUCACCAUUCCAAGGAUCCAGUGUUUAUUCGUCGCAUUACAGCAGAGAUGGCGUCGUUGAAGACACCUGCUUGGAAAUGCCUCGACUGCAGGCGUAUGGUCAAGGGGAACGAUGUCUUUUGUCCUGGUUGUGGCCAACAUUGGGAAGUUUGCAUGGACAGGAACUUCCAAGAUGGCAGGCCUUUGACUCCCACAAGGCAUACGACGUACCGUGGACAAGCACAAGAUUCCAACAAUUGGGAAUGGCAGCGCCGCCCAUCUCAAAGCCCGAGGCAGAGACAGAGACCACGCUCUCGCAGGCAGCAUGGGUAUGGACAAGACUCCCAAUCUCAACCCAAUCAGAAGGGAUCUGGCAAAGGUCGAGGCAAGGGACGCGGCAAGCAUCAUCAUGGUGGUGGAAAAGCACAGCCUGCACCGACCUCGAACGCACAUGGAUUGGGCACCGAGGGUACGGCGCCCCUUCCCCCGCCACCUUUGCCACCUCAAGCUCGUCCUGGAGACACACCAUGGACGCAACUUGCACCGCCUUUCCCGUCAGCUGGUGGAGCUCCUGUAGAAGCGCCUGCCCUCUCGGAAGCCGAGAUCAAGUUGCAGAAGGUGCUGGGCAUCUUGAAAAAGAACCAGUCAGAAUUGCCCCCAGAGGUUUCGGAAGUUGUCAAAGAUACGAAUCUCAAGGAGGGCCACAACAAGAUCCAAAAUAUGCACGAUGCUGUGGAGAACUUGGGAGAUGCACAGCAAGCUUUCGAAAAGGCAUGCUUCACGCGAGCACAGAAUCUCGCCUCUUGGCGACAAUUUUUGCACCUCUCCGUUCAAAGAUGGCAAGAGUACACUCAGCACUUCCUCACACAGGAGAGGCACAAUCUCGAUCAGAUUACUGCCGCCAGGGAUGCUGUGAAGAACGCCCAGUCCAUCUUCAAGGACAUGCAGGAGAAGGGAGUGAUUACGAUCGAAGCCGAAGACGAUCCGGCCAUGAUGGAGGAAGAGCCCUCGGCAACCAAAACCGAAAGCUCGCGUCGUAUUCAAGAAGGCCUGGAGCAUAUGACAGCUUCUUUGGAGAAUCUGGCCAACCAGGCAGACAAAGAGCAUGCAGAAGAGCAGCAACAAAAGAAACGGCCACGCAAAGAGGCACCGGCCACAGAAGAGACUGUGGCCCCCUCUUCUGCCUCUGGCUUGCUUGGCUCGCAGGCGAUGGAGCCUUUUGGCAGGGCUCACAGCGGAUGA